UUAGAAACCAAACCACACGACUGGAAUUUACGUUGCAAAGACCAUUGUUUAGAUAUGGUGAGGAAUACUAUAUCUCUGAUAAGCCCCAGUGCCUUCAUCAACCCCAGUAAGAGUGACCCCGUAGAGCUGGUGAAUGCAAGAAAUCUAGGCACAAAAGAUGAACCCCUGAAGCUGAAGCAGGAUGGUGAGGAGGUCGGUAGCGCCAAUGGUGCCGAUGACGUUCCGUCGUUCCUGCAGAAGGUGACGUCAUGGCGGUGGUUCACGGCCAUAUUGACGAGCAUGGGCGUUGUCUUCAUCAUCCUAUUGAGGAACUGUAUGUCCAUGGCCCUGGUCUGCAUGACUGGGGGCAGGCGCGGGGGGUCAGGGAAUUGGACCCAAGACGGAAAUCUCUCUUUCCCUGUCACCUUUAACGAAACGUUCUUCAUGCCCCGCGGGGAGUUUGACUGGGACAGCGAGACACAGGGCAUCAUCCUCUCAGCAGCCUUCUACAGCAGCUUCAUCGCCCCGGCCAUCAGCGGCUUCGUUGCCAGGCGAUUUGGAGCCAAGAUCGUCGUCGGCGUCAGCGUGUUUGCGUCUGCGGUUGCCACAUUACUGACGCCGCUUGGUGCACGCGCACAUGUGAACUUCCUUAUCGGUCUCAGGGUGUUCCUGGGAUUCUUCUCAGGCACCAUCUUCCCCGCAUCCCUGGAGCUAUGGUCACACUGGGCGCCGGGCCCAGAACGGGUGCAGCUCGUCUCCAGCACAUACACGGGCAUCAACGUGGGCAGCCUCGCCGCGUCCCUCCUCUCCGGCUUCAUCUGCACCAUCCCCCACGAUAACGGCUGGCCCUACGUCUUCUAUGUGUUUGGUGGACUGAGCGCCAUCUGGUGUGUGGUGUGGUUCCUGUGUAUCCACGACACCCCCGAGACGCACCCAUGGAUCAGUCAGGAGGAGGCCCAGUACAUCGCCAAGCACACCAUGAAGAAAGAGGACCCACAGGAGUCCUCGCGUCCCCCGUUCCUGCAGAUGUUCCUGUCGGGGCCGGUGUGGGCCUUCAUCAUCGUCCAGACCUGCCACAUGUGGUGCUCCAGCAUCUUCUUCGCCUACCUCCCUAAGUAUAUGAGUGACGUCCUCCACUUCUCCAUCGAACAGAACGCCAUCAUUUCGUCCGCCCCAUUCGCUACCAGAUUUGUCGGUGUGAUGGCGUGGGGAUAUCUCUCAGAUCUACUUUUGAGGAAAUCGUCCAUCAGUGUCACGUGGAUCCGAAAAAUAGUCCAGUCUUCAGGCUUCUUCGUUUGUGGCGUCUUCACAGUGGGUAUCGGCAUGGUCAACGACCAACAGAGAGAAAUUGCUGUCGCCCUCUUCCUCCUCGCAAUGUUCUGCCAGUCAUCUUCGAUGUCGUCCUCAUCGGUUACUCCCCUUGAUAUCGCUCCAAGGUAUGCCGGCAUCAUCACUGGAGCCUAUAUGGUGAUCGGAUCCUUCAUGUCCAUGUUCGGGCCUAUGGCUGCCGCUUACCUGACGCCAAACGGGACUCUGGAGGAGUGGAGGAUAGUGUUCUUCAUCAUCGCAGGGGUGUACGUGGUCGGUGUCACUGCAUUUGUGUUCCUUGGGAGCGGCGAGCUUCAGCCGUGGGCCGUGCCUGAAGAACAGACCUCAAGCGAGGCGACGACAGAUGCGGAGCUUGGGGACAACAAAUCGGAUAUAACUUGUGACGAAUCGCCCACGAGCGGACGCCAUCAAGAAAACAAAGUCGGUGAAAAUGAGUGCCAAUUGAAUUAUACUAAAAAUGGACACGUUAAUGCUGCCUUCGAGUUUGAUAAAACCGGGCAAGAAUCUCAGCUUGCGAUAAUUCACGAAUCAGACGAAGACAAACUGUCAACACAACUAACGUCAUCAAGUACAAAACUAUAGUCUCAUUGUGCUCGUCCAUAUGUUCCAGUAUCAUUCAUCGUGACGUAACGAAUAAUGUCCUUACCUGAAGCCUGCGUAGCUGCUUCAAUCGUCUCAUCCAUAUCUUUGUGUGUUUGUUUGUUUGUUGUUUAACGCCGCACUCAGCAAUAUUUUAGCUAUAUGACGGCGGUAUGGAAAUAAUCGAGUCGGGGCCGGACAAUACAGUGAUUGACUUCAUGAGCACCG